UUAGAAAGAACACAGAAGGUAGAUUACACUACAGUAAAAAAAUGGCAGCAGGUAGAUUGAGCAACGUGGCGUCACGGAUCAUGGGAGGAAACGGCGUCGUAGGCCGUUCAAUCGGUUCGUCCCUUCGCCUUCGCUCCGGCAUGGGACUUCCCGUCGGCAGACACAUCGUCCCUGAUAAACCUCUUUCAGUAAAUGACGAAUUAACCUGGGACAACGGAACUAAUCUCCCUGAACCUUGUAUUGAUCGCAUUGCCGAUACGGUUGGGAAGUAUGAGGCAUUAGCUUGGUUGUGUGGAGGUUUAAGCUGUUUUGGUGCACUUGGAUUGUUGGCUGUCUGGAAUGAUAAAGCAUCUAAGAUACCUUUUGCGCCAAAAGUUUAUCCAUAUGACAACCUGCGAGUGGAGCUCGGAGGAGAACCUUAGGCUAAUCUUUGUGCCAGGAACGAUUUGUACCAUUACCGUUUUCACAUUUGUUACAUUUUUAGUUCAUGUGGCUGCGACUUGUCUUGGAAUCUCACAAAUAAUGGCUGUACCCGACUUUUGAUAUCUUGUAGCAAAUAUCUUGAUAAGCUUUUGAUCAGAUCUGUCUAUCAAAACCUUCUGCAUUGACAUUUUCUGGGACUUGCUUUUACCAGUGUGGGAAUAUAAAUUAUAGUUUUUGGUUAA